AAGCAAAAUUUCAUUCCAAAUGGUAGGAACACACCCGAUAUCGAAGAGUAUCGUCGUUUGUUCAGGGGUUGCGUUCAGAUCCCCCGUCCCCAUGACGAGAGACGCAAACAAUCUCGAUCGCAUUCGAGGAUUCGAAUUUUAUUGCGUAAGCUGCAAACGACGAUAUGCCAGAAACUGCUGUCCAGUCUAAAAUCCGUGCCGGAGCCGUCACUCGGGUGGAGACCAGACUGCCCCGAUGCGUUCAACGUAGACUACCGUGCGCUCCGGCGUUCGUAAGAUGCCAUCCGCGACCGAGUCCGUACCGAUGCGUGGCCGAUCAUCGCGUGUCCCGAAGGCCUUACAAACUGGCGGUCGGUCUGUCGGUGACUAGCCAGAAAACUGGCGUUCCCUCAACGCCGAUCCCCAACAGUUGUUCCGACCGAUGUUCACCAAACGGCCGCUUCCUGGGCAUAGGCACACCUCGCUGCAAGAAGAGUCUGUCGAUGAUGGACCUCUCCACCGUCAAUCCCGACGUCGGCGAUCUCAAAUCAGAGAGCGGUUCCACCGUCAGUCGUCUCGAUGAGGUCACCGACAGAUCCAAAGAUAUCUUGGCGAACGGAGGAAGCGGCAGAUCGUGGACGGACGCCACGCCGUCCUCGGAAUCCGAACAGGGCGAGGUCGCCGGUUCGGCGGAGGAUCUGACGAUCAAGGCGGCGAACAUUGUGUGUCACAUGCUGGUGCUGAACGCUUGGCGACGUAGACGCGCCGAGAUCGCGCAGCUCGAGCAACAAGUGGAGCACCUGCACCUGCAGAUCGAGUUCCUGCGCCGAUUGCUGCUCGCCGAGAACGACCGGGUCGGUAGAUUGAACGGCGAGUUGCAUCGCGAAAAAUCGCAGCUGGAGGAAACGAUGCGCGAGCGCGAUGCCGUCAAAUCGGAGAAAGACAAGUUGGAGGUAGAAUUGAAGCGCGUCGAGGAAAUUUCCCAAGAGCGAUCGGUUACCGUAGGAAACUUGAAGAACGAGCUUUUGACCGCGCAAGAUCAAUUAAAGUCGUUCGACACGCAAAUGACGAAGGACCGGGAGAAACUCUUAAAAUUGCGGGAAGACAAGAGGAUUCUCCUAGAUAAGGUAUCCGCCAGCGAAGCAUUGGUCACGGAUCGUCGCCUCAGAGCCGAAAAAGCGGAAUCUAUGGUCGAGGAGUUGCAGUUGCGAUUAGCGGCGCAGGUGGUUCAUGCCGAAUCUACACAGGAGCAGUUGCAGCGUAUUUCCAGGGAAUUACAAGUUACGGACGCGGAGAAGCAGAGAUUGGAGAAACGCUUGAGAGUCAGCGAGGGUAACGCGAAGACUCUGAGUUUACGUGUCGUUUCCCUGGAGAGUCAACUGGUCGAUCGGGAAACUGAACUUCGUCGCAUCGAAUCGGAAUGCAACUCGCAGAUAACGGAAUUGAGGGAGCUACGAGAGCGAUUACUGCGUCAGUCUCAAGAGGGUGGCUGGAGCAGUCGGAUGUUUCAGAUUGCCGGGAACAUCAUGCGCGCGUCAAUCAUACGGACUUUCGCCUUCCUAUUUAAUGCUGCUCUGCCCUUGCCGCCGUAAGAGAAGGUAUAAAUAUUAGAUUUAAUAUCAUACUAACACGUGAAGAGAUUCAACAACGCAAGAAUUUUUAUUUCGUUAUUUCAUGUUGUUAUUUGACGUAGACACGUGGUCUGCGAUAUUAUGUAACACAGAGAGCCAAAGAAACAUUAUUAAUUUCUUGCGUGUAAAAUAAACAGAUAAGGAGCUUAAGCGUGAUUGCGACAUUUUGUGGGAGCCGAUUUUACUCGGUAAAAAAUACGUACCGGUCAGCUGAUGCAAAUGUGCCUUCGGCCGCGAAAAAGGAGAAUGAUUUAUGAAUGAAAAUGGCAAUUCGGAGAGUGGCAAGGACAGGCACUCGUGGGACGGCAAAGAAAUUGACAAGCAUUAGUUUCCCCUUUCGUACUACGUUUAAAAUUUAACAUUGCAAUCUUUUUUUUUGAAUCAAUAUUUAACUUUUGAGUAACGCAGAUUUUAUAUACAUAUAUAUACGCUUGACACAUCGUGUGAAUAAAACAUGCGCUUUUAUCGCAUUGCGCGGUAUUUUGAUUUAGAGGCUCAACUUUUUUUCUUUUUGUAUGUAAAUUGUAUAAGCGAGAAAAUGAUGUGUACUAAUUGGAACUUUUAGCAGGAUAUUUGUCCAAUAAAUGGGAUUAUUAUAUAAUAUUAUUACCUUUUUUAAUCUAUAUAUUGUUAGAUUCCUGUGAUUUGUGUUAACAUGAUAAACUGAUAAAAAUAAAUUGUAUCGUCAGAACGUUAUCUGACGAGGCGAUCAGUUUGUUCUACUACUGCGAGGCGUAGUACGAUUUGCGAUCGUUGGCAAAUUCGUGCAUUUUCUCACGACGAAUUGCCCGCUAUAGCGAAGAUUACUACGUUUCAAUAUGUAAUCCUUCUCUACUUAAUAUAUAUAAUAGUACAUGUUACUGCAUCUUAAAUAAAUACGUAUACAUCAGAAUGCGAUGCUCGCAGUACGAUUACAGUAUUUUAUUAUGACUAGGUAAUCACUUUAUUAUUACCGCGAGUAUUUUAUUUUGCGUUGAUAAGAAAUAAUGCGUAGUGUCUCGGAAUACAAUUGUAUUUAGUACAGGACGUACACGCUAAUUAGCUUACGUUAUCCGUCAUCUUUGACGUUGGAAGUACCGUAUAAUUGCUGUGCUGUAAUUAUGUGAGUGGGAUAAAACGAAAGAAGUAAAAAACGGCUAGGCACAAAGCUUCAAUGUAUUAGCAUUGUUUUUAAGUCAUCUUAAAAUCACAAUACUGUGCGUCAUUCGACAAGAAUGUGUUGGCAAAAAAAAAAUACUGAUAAAUGGAACGUUAUAACUGCUA